UAAAACUGGUCUGUGGCUAUAUAUAAAGGCAGAGGUGAUCGAAAGGCAGACAGACACACAAGAAAGAAAAAUGGAGUCCCAAACAAAUGAUGUUGUUCAUCACCCUCUCUUAGAAACAAUUGGAAGUUCACCCAGCCAUGGUGGCAGUGUGGAGCUGGAGAGGGUGCUUUCGGACACCGAGACACCAUUCAUCAAGAGGCUUACAGCAGCGUCCGCCAUUGAACUCAACCUGCUGUACAAGCUGGCUGCACCCGCGGUCAUCGUUUACUUGCUGAACAACGCCAUGUCUAUCUCCACCAGAAUCUAUUCCGGACAUCUUGGAAACAUGGAACUGGCUGCUGCCUCCCUUGGUAACCAAGGGAUUCAACUCUUUGCUUAUGGCCUCUUGCUCGGAAUGGGUAGUGCAGUGGAGACGCUAUGCGGUCAAGCAUUUGGGGCACAAAAAUAUGAUAUGCUUGGAGUAUACCUACAAAGAUCCGCAAUUGUUCUCUUAGUAACAUCCAUCCCAGUCACGAUGAUCUACGUUUUUUCUAAGCCCAUUUUAAUAUUACUCGGCCAAUCCCCAUCCAUGGCGUCCUAUGCAUCCCUAUUCGUAUAUGGCCUCAUUCCUCAAGUAUUCGCGUACGCCAUCAACUUCCCAAUACAAAAGUUCCUUCAAGCUCAAAGUAUUGUGACCCCAAGCGCUUAUAUUUCAGCCGGAACACUAGUUGUGCACCUCAUACUAUCUUGGAUCAUGGUGUACAAGUUAAAGUUGGGGUUGCUAGGUGCUUCUUUGACUCUAAGUUUGUCAUGGUGGAUUAUAGUGGUUGGUCAAAUUGUUUACAUCUUGAUGAGUGAUAGAUGUAAGGCCACAUGGACCGGGUUCAACUCAAAGGCGUUCGGUGGACUUUGGGAGUUUGUAAAACUGUCAAGUGGGUCAGCCGUGAUGUUGUGUUUGGAGACUUGGUAUUUUCAGAUACUAGUGUUGAUUGCUGGCUUGCUUGAGAACCCUGAGCUAUCAUUAGAUGCAUUGUCGGUUUGCAUGAGUGUGAAUGCUUUGGUGUUUAUGGUCUCGGUUGGGUUUAAUGCAGCUGCAAGUGUUAGGGUUGGAAACGAGCUUGGAGCUGGAAACCCUAAAGCCGCAGCAUUUUCAGUGUUAACGGUUACUACAGUCUCAUUCCUUAUUGCUCUAGUCGAAGCAGUGAUUGUAUUGUCGGCGCGAGAUGUUAUAAGCUAUGCAUUCACUGGCGGUGAAAUCGUGGCGAAUGCAGUCUCUGAUCUUUGCCCACUAUUGGCUAUAACCAUCGUUCUUAAUGGCAUACAACCCGUUUUAUCAGGUGUGGCUGUGGGAUGCGGAUGGCAAGCUUAUGUAGCGUAUGUGAACGUCGGAUGCUACUACAUUGUAGGCAUUCCCCUCGGCUUUCUCCUUGGCUUCCAUUUCAACCUCGGAGUCAAGGGAAUAUGGUCGGGAAUGAUUGGAGGAACUGGGAUGCAAACCCUCAUCUUAUUAUGGUCAACCUUUCGUACUGACUGGAACAAAGAGGUGGAAAAAGCUAACAAACGUUUGAAUAAAUGGGAAGCAAACCAAGAAACUCUUUUGAAGGAAUGAAAGCAGGUCAACGGAUCGAUCAUUCGGAUUUGUUAUGGAUUCAGUGACUGAAUCAUAUUUCAUUAUUUUGCAUUCCUUGUGAUAAUGUUCCCAAUAAGUAUGAAACAAUUAAUGUAUUUUAAUUCGAAUCAUGCAAAUUUAUUAAAAUAUAUACCACUCCAAUUGGU